GGCCCGAGAGGUUGGCGAGGCAGCUGCCAUUCCCCAGCACUUAUCAGAUUUCUGCAUGCUAAAUCACAGUGAAGCGAGAACAAUGUAUUUGCCAUAGUUUGGAAAUGGAACUCCUCUUUUUUCUCUCCCUUAGCUCGGGUCCAUGAAGGUAGCGGGAAAGGCGCUUCCUUGUUGAACUCAAGCGGGAGCAGGGCCCACGCUGAGCUGGGGGAGCUAUCGGGGGAAAUUUCUUGUUUGCUUGAAAUUACGCUUUGAUCAAAUGCAGCCGCAUCUCACGAGCUCAGUUUGUGUUUCAUAGUGGGAUUUCGUGGGAUUCGCUCAGGGAAGUUCAAGAAUUCCCGCUGUGGAGUGCGGAGGUUGUUCGUUUAUUACUUCAUUAUUUCAAUCAUGAGCGGAGGCUUGGCUCCGAGUAAAAGCACAGUCUAUGUCGGCAACUUGCCUUUCUCCUUGACAAAUAAUGACUUGCAUAAAAUAUUCGAAAGAUAUGGUAAAGUAGUGAAGGUAACAGUUAAAAAAGAUAAAAUAACGCGUAAAAGUCAAGGAGUGGCAUUUGUACUUUUUCUUAAAAAGGAAGAUGCUCAGGCUUGUGCACAGUCUCUGAAUGGCCAGGAGAUGUUUGGUCGCCGGCUGAAAAGCAGUAUAGCACUAGACAAUGGACGCAGUACAGAAUUUAUAAGACGUAGAAAUUACCCAGACAAAAAACGUUGCUACGAGUGUGGAGAAGAAGGCCACCUUAGUUAUUCUUGUUCUAAAAAUGCCUUAGGUGACAGAGAACCUCCUCCCAAAAAGGAGAGGAAACGAAAGAAAAACGAUGUGGCCUAUGAUCCCGAGAGAGAGGAAUAUUUUGAUUCUGAUGAGGAAUUGGAGGACCGCCCAUCAAAACAUAAAUAUGCACCUCAUCAAAGUAGAGAAGUUGAAGAGGCAGAAGAGGAGGAAGUUGAACCAGACUUGGAAACACUAAGUGCAGCAAUCAGACUUACUCAAGAACAAGUUGAACUUCAACAAACUAGUCAAAAAAUAGAGGAUACCCGCCCUAGAAAAAAGAUCAGACCCAGUUCCUACUUCAGCGAUGAAGAAGACAUCAGUGAUUAAAUUCGUUGAAGGAUUAAUAAGUUACAUCAUCUGUUCUUUAUAAAAUAAUGAAAACCUUUAUUGUGACAAUAAAACUUUAGAAAGACCA